GUGUCUAAACCUCUCCAACCUCGAUUCGGGCUCCGGUUACAACAGCAAACAGCGCUAAUCUAACCACUCUGAGACCCCGAAAGCUUCGGCCGAAUGAUUCGGAAUUUUAUGCUCAAUUCUUCGUGCAGUGGGACCGCGUUAGAGACGCGCUUUUGUGAUUUCUUAUAUUAUAAAUGCCAAGUACAAAGCUGCAUCCGUCUAAUUUGUGCGCUGGUAGACGUGUGCAUAGCAUGUCGGUCGGAAAAUUCGUUCCCCAAGAAAAGCAGUGAAAACCAAGCCAAGUCUUGUUAAUAUACGCUCAGAAGCCGUACUGUUCAAGUCGUGUGCUGUGUGAUUUUUUUUGCUGCUGCCGUUUAGUGCCAACUUGUUUCUACCUAAGCCUGGAGGAUUGAUUACGAGGAUCAGAAGGAAUAAUCGAGUCAAGUGUUAGUGAUUGGACUGAAAAUGUGGCUAAAAUUGUUCAUCGGAUGUUGUGUGAUAGGAAGUUUACUGGCGGAGAAGAAUGUUACCGAAGAGCUAGCCACCAAAGAGAAGCGCCAAACAGAUCACGAGACUCGAACGGUACCUCAGGCGGCCAACCGACGACAGCAGCAAGGUGGAUACUACCAGGACCCUGAAGCGGCGGCGCACUACUUUGCCCAGCAGGCGGGGGGUCAGCUUCUGUUUAGACCUCACCAACACAAGGCAGGCCAAGAACAAGCGCAAGAGCUUCCAGCGGAAUACAUCAGCUUACUUCAGCAAUUAGCCGAUCACCAGAAACAUGCAGCACCCGUCAAACAACCGAAGCACCACUCCUACGACGCUCAAAACGCCCAAACCGAGCAAUACUAUCAGCAACAGGCACAACAUCAACAUCAGCAUCAGCAUCAGCAGCAGCAACAGCAGCAGCAGCAACAGCAGCAGCAGCAACAGCAGCAGCAGCAGCAACAACAGCAACAGCAUCAAACACAGCACCAUCAUCCAUCGUCACAACAGAAUCAGAUUCAAUACAUUACUGAAGAGGAGUACGCUCAAAUUUUAAAACAUGCUCAAGCUCAAAACCAUCAUGCUGCAGCCCAACCGCAGUAUACCCGACCAGCCGGAAAGCAAGAAUCACCAAAGUACCGCCCUUCGGUUCAACUGUUGGAGACUGGUCAUGAACAUGGACAAGCCUACGCACAGCCAGAUCCUGAGCAACCAUAUCGAAUCCAAUACAAGAGCAUUCAACAGGCUGGAUCCGUAACGCCCGUAUCGAAACCAAUUAGCUCCUUUUCAUUCGAAAAAGAACUCGCUAAAUUGGUGGAGUCAAAUCGUCCCGUUGCCUACCAUCCAGGAAAUCCACACAGAUCAAGCGAACGUGGACCUCAUGAGAAUCCGCGGUACGUGGUGAAUCCCCAGUCGCACGAAUAUGCUUAUGCUUCUGCAAGUGCUCACGAACACGCCCCGAAACAAUCGAUCAAGGCUCAAUAUAUUGCGCCAUUCGCUCAACUGCAUUCAGGACCCAAACCAAGUGCUGCUCAUCUGCAGGUUGGACCUCACAAAUUCGCAGAAAGUCCUGCUCAAAAGUACCAGUUCAUUUCACAGGAAGCCCCUGUCAAGGGUCAUGGCCCUCAGCAGUACCAUACAGAAGUUUCUCCCAAGUACGCUCAGCACUCAGGAGAGAAGCAGCCUGCAGGAACUCCUUCCCCUAAAAUUCAGUAUUAUGUACCCAAAGAAAAGAACCUUCAACUCUAUUACUCUCAGCAGGCUUCGGAAAAACAGCCGACAGAGCAGCAUGCGUCCCAGCAUCCAAUGAAGAUCGUCGAAGCACCUCAAUUACAGCACGAGAAACCACACAAGCAGAUUCAAACACACCGUCCAAAGGCUCAGUAUGUUGCCCGAGAUAAGCAAGCAGAGCAAAGCCAGCAAUCAGUUCAGAAAUCUCAAGAAGCUGAAACUCCAUCCCGAUCGGCCAUUUAUGUAUCUCAGCAAACUGGAGUGUCACCAUCGCCAGCUUCUGCUCAGUACGCGAGUCAGGAAAAGCAACAGGUUCAACAUCAUAAGGCUCCGCCCAAGAUUGACCGUCCUCUGACACAAGAAGAAUUCCAAGCUCUGGUGGAUGCCGGUUAUUCGGUUGUACCAGUUCCGGUUCCUGUGCACGUUCCCCAGUAUCAAGCACAAUCGCAAGCCGCAGCUCGAGGAUCAGCUGGUCCUUCUGCACCUUCUGCACGCCAUGGCCCAGUCCCACAGGCCCGAUACCAUCAGCACCAAAUAGCAGCGGAGAACCAUCCCAGUCAAGUUGUCACCUACCUGCGUCCGCUGCACAUCGAUCCCUUCUCGGCAGGCGUCAGAGGUCCCAACAAGGCAGCUCCCUAAAUGUAGAAAUGAACUGCCACUGUUAUAGCUUAGUACGUUAGAUAAGUAUUAUAAAUAGUAUUCUAGUGUAAUUUAUCCAUAACUUCGCCCGAGCACAAAACAGCUUCGUUUGCCACAAAACGGUGGAUUGAGACGAGAUUUAUGAUUUGUUGAAACCAUGAUGCAAUUGUUACGCAUAAUUUAUAAAACCUUUUGUGUAACGUCGAUAAACUGAAGCGAAAAUAAACGUUUUUAUAAAAGAUA